GCAUCAGCGGCGACUUCCAUGGGCAAGACGACGACCGACAACCGCGACAUCUUCUACCGGCGCGCCAAGGAGGUCGGUUUCCGAGCUCGUUCGGCGUUCAAACUCAUGCAACUCGACGACCAGUUCAACCUCUUUGAAAAUGUUGAACGCGCCGUGGAUCUAUGCGCCGCGCCCGGCAGCUGGAGCCAAGUGCUGAGCCGCAAGCUAUACCACAACCGUGACAUCCCGAACGUCGACAGCACCACCACGAGCAAGGACGACGACACCAUCAUCCGCGUCGUGUCGGUCGAUCUGCAGGAAAUGGCUCCGAUUCCAGGGGUCGCGCUUCUCCAAGGGGACAUCACAUCAACGCACACUGCCGACCAGAUCAUUUCGCAUUUUCACGGCCAACAGUACGUCGAAUCGUCUCUUUCCCAUGGUUCUCCUUCGACACCAUGCAAACAACGUAGGGCCAACAUCGUCGUCUGUGACGGCGCGCCCGAUGUCACAGGGGUACAUGACAUCGACGAGUACGUCCAGUCCGAGCUCCUCUUGGCCGCGUUGAACAUCACGACGUUUGUGCUCGCACCCGGCGGCAGCUUCGUGGCCAAAAUCUUUCGCUGCAAACACUACGACUUUUUGGCGUCGCAGCUGAGUCUGUUCUUUGGCGAAGUCACGUGCGCCAAGCCCCAGAGCAGCCGCGUGUCGAGCAACGAGCACUUUGUCGUGUGCCGGGGCUUCAAACUGCCACCCCACUACACGCCUGUGAUGACGUCGCCGCUGCUGCCCGGCUACGGCCACCCGAACGCCGUCGCAGCCAACCCCACUGUUCUGUCCUUUGUCGCAUGUGGAGACCUCAGCGGCUACGACGAUGCGGACGACGAGUAGGGCUGAUUCCCAAUGAAAUACAGCACUGUUUAGUGUUAUA